UAAAUAAACAGAAAACGGCCGCUGGCCCCGAAUGCUAAGGUCGGACUUAAAAUUUAAAUGUGAAUGACAGAUUUAGUGGACAUAAAAUAACUUUAAACUAUAUAAUAUAAUGAAACAAAACUUAAUCAUAUAAGUAGUGUUUAAAACAUUUAGUAAAGAUGGCAAAAGCGGAAUCAACUGUCAGAAAUAACUUGGAUUGCCUUAACGUAGAUUUUAUGCGAUCUUUAGUUAAGCAAUACACUGAAUUAGGACAAUGGACGAGCGCGUUCUUCUGGGCGGAUGCAGCGGCUGCUUCUAGUGGGGCUGCAGUAGCUAGUGGCGAUGACGUCUGGUUACUAGCUAGUGCAAUGCUCGCCAGAGGUGAGCUACAUAGAGCAGCACACGCAAUCACUUCUAGAAACUUACACAGGAGACAUCUCCUCUGUCUCGGAGUAGCGAUGCGAGCAUACAUAUCAGUUAAAGAGCCUCAAACCACUCUCAGUAUACUCGAAGAAUGUGAUCCAAAUCUAUUAGAGCCGAGGAGCAUGGACCAGACCCAUAAUCGAGCCUUAGCCGGUGUGCUAGUAUGGCAGGCUCGUGCUCUGUGCCUGUUGGAGCGCCGGGAGGCCGCGGCGGAGGCCCUCACAGCUGCCCUUAGGGCUGACGCGGCCUGCUACGAAGCCCUAGACCUUCUCUUAGACCAACACGCUCUCACACCCGGACAGGAGAUAGAGUUGAUAGAGUCGCUGCCUGUUAACAAUCAGAUGAGUGCCUCAGAGGCGACCUUGGUUAGAGUCGCUUAUAGAGAGAGGUUACUGAGAUACACGCCUCUACAGACGGCAUCGCCCGACUCCUAUAAUAAUCAAAUCAAAACAGCGGUGGAGCUAGCGAGGUCGCGCAGCGCGGAGGCGGCGGAGUCCCGGGGGCGGCGGCUGGCGGCGGGCGGACGCUGGGGCGAAGCCCUACGAGCGCUGGACGAGGCCGGGCCCUGGAGCUGCGCCGAGGUCCGCGCCGCCUGUCUCGUCGAACUCAAGAGGAGCUCCGAACUGUUCGCAUUCGCACACGCUCUAGUGGACUCCUACCCUCAAGCCUGGACGGCUUGGUACGCCGUCGGCUGCUACUAUUACCUAAUAGGUAAGAGUGAGUUCGCCCGUCGCUACCUGAGCAAGGCGUGCUCGCUGGAGGCGGGCGCGGGCUGCGUGUGGCUCGCCUACGGACACAGCUUCGCCGCCGACAACGAGCACGACCAGGCCAUGGCCGCUUACUUCAAGGCCAGCCAGUUAAUGCCCGGCUGCUACCUGCCCUCGCUGUACGUGGGCGUGGAGUGCUCCUUGUUGAACAACGUCAGCAUGUGCGAGAGGUUCAUGUCGAGAGCUGCUUCAUUGCACAGCAAUGCUGAGACGGACAGUGUCGGCAUAGAGACGGACAUAGAGCAGCGGGGUGGGUGGGAGAGAGUGUGUCGUGUGGUGAGGUCCCCGCACGUAGCGCACGAGGCCGCCGCCGCCGCUCUGGCCGCGGGACAUCCGGAACACGCGAGGGUGCUCUUCACUAGGGCCCUCCACUACGCCGGGCCCCCCGACCAGUUAAACCCGUGCUGGGCGACCACUCUGGACGCGCUGGGUCACGUGAACCGUGUGCUGGGUAAUCCGUCGGAGGCUUUGCAAUGGCACGAGCGAGCGCUAGCGCUUCGCCCCGCGCGGGCGUCCACCCUCGCCGCCAAGGGGCUCUGCCUCGCGCUACUGGGCCGGGAGCCCGAGGCCGCGGACACGCUCCACGCGGCGCUGGCCAGAGACCCCGACCACGUGGUCGCCAUAGCGCUCCUCGACGCCAUCAUUGAUAGGCUGGACGCACAACUCACAGAGGAGGAGAUCCCUCAGUUCGCUUUCCCCGCUGUGAGUCUAUCUUCUCCCCCCGCGCCCCCCGCCGCGAGUGGAGACUUCGCCCCCUCACCCGCGGCGCCCGCCGGCAGGACCGACGCCACCAACACCUCCGACAUGAGCAUGAGCUUCGAUUAGACGAAGACACGUCAGUAUCCUUACAACUAACAAAUGGCUGCCAUCACAAACCGAACACGGCCGGUGUCACGUUCCUACGUUAAAUUAAUAUGAGCAGGUUUAUAAGAUACAGUCUAUUAUAACGCGAAACGACGAUGCUAAGUUGUGUUAAAGAAAUAGACACAGACUAAAAGAAUUAAAUGUCAAACAUUGUUUUGUUAACAAAUGUGUUUAUAAUCUUUAUGUAAAUAAAAGAUUAUUGAUGA